AUGAGAGUUUACAAGGAUAUUAUCUCUGGUGACGAAAUGGUCUCUGAUUCCUAUCCAAACGUCUUGCUCUUCGAGGAUGCCUGCCUUGAGGUCAAGUCAAGACUUAUUUCAAAGAAUGCCAACGAUGAUUACGGUAUUGGAUCAAACGAUGAAGAAGGUGAUGGUACUGUUGAUGAUAAUUCAGUCAACGUUAUUGAUAUUGUCGACUCAUUCAACUUGUAAGAGAUCACUCUCUCCAAGGCUGAGUGGACCGCCUACAUUAAGACAUAUCUCCCAAAAAUCAAGAAGCAUCUCGAAUCAACUGGAAGAGCUGAUAGAAUUCCAGUCUUCCAAAAGGGAGCUACUGCUCUUUUCAAGCAUCUCCUCGAGAAGUUCGAUGAGGUCCAAAUCUUCGCCGGAAAAGGCUUCGAUGUUGAAGCUGGAUAUGCCUACUGCUACUAUAAGGAGCAAACCGAUGCUGGCCCAACCUUCUUCUACUUCCACGAUGGUCUCAGGGAAGAGAAAUUCUGA